AUGAAGAUUACAGCUGUAGCAGUUUUACUGGUGAUGGUGGUGCAGGCUUUAGCAAAGCCUCUUCCAGCUGAUGAGAAUGACAAGUGGCUAUUAGCAGAGCAAUAUUUAAGGAGAUUCUAUGGCAUGCAGGCUGGUCUCUUAGGAACAGCAAAGUCUUCAGACACGUUAAAUACAAAGAUCCGUCAGAUGCAGUCAUUUCUUGGGCUAAACGUCACUGGCAACCUGGAUGACAACACACUGAACAUCAUGAAGAAGGCCAGAUGUGGCGUCCCAGAUGUAGCAGAGUAUAAUCACUUCCCCAGAGACAUUAAAUGGCAAAACAACCUUGUGACAUUCAGGAUUACAAAUUACACUCCUGAUCUGAAAAAGGAAGAUGUGGAUCGAGCUGUUCAUAAUGCCCUGAUGGUCUGGAGUGACGUGACUCCUCUAAAGUUUAAAAGGCUGCAUGAGGGAAAUGCCGACAUCAUGAUCAGCUUUGGCAGAGGAGAACAUGGAGACCACAACCCUUUCGAUGGCCCUGAGGGACUCCUAGCCCAUGCAUACCCACCUGGAAUUGGCAUUGGUGGAGACACACACUUCGAUGAUGAUGAACACUGGACAAAAAACUCACAUGCUUAUAACCUGUUCUUAGUUGCGGCUCAUGAAUUCGGACAUGCUCUUGGUAUGGCUCAUUCUAAUGAUCCUGGUGCACUGAUGUUUCCCAUUUACUCAUACUUCCGUGGAUUUCCCCUGUCUGAGGACGAUAUCAAAGGCAUCCAAGCUCUCUAUGGUUCAAACCCUGACCACAAGACAGUCAAACCCAAACCUGAGGCUCCAAACAAAUGUGACCCUGAACUGACUAUUGAUGCCAUAACUGAACUCCGAGGAGAAAUGCUGAUUUUCAAAGACAGGUAUUUUUGGCGUAUACAUCCGCAGUUUCCGGAGCCACAACAAUCUCUCAUUAAAUCCACCUGGCCGUCAAUUCCGAACAAAGUACACGCAGCUUACGAGAACCCAAGGAAAGAUGUCGUCAUCAUAUUCAGUGGUAUAAAUAUGUGGGCUCUUAAUGGUUACACACUGGUGAAGGGUUAUCCAAAAUACAUCCACAAGCUGGGUCUACCAAAAUCCAUCCGUAAAAUAGAUGCAGCAGUGUACAUAUAUGACACGGGCAAGACUCUGUUCUUCACGGACGAACACUACUGGAGUUACGAUGAACAGACUGAAACGAUGGAUCGUGGAUACCCAAGAUCCAUAGAAGAUGACUUUCCAGAAAUCAACGAUGAGGUGGAUGCUGCUACCUAUAAGAACGGAUAUUUGUACUUGUACCAUGAAAAAGUUCAGUACGAGUACAGUUACAGCAGAAAGAAAGUUGUCCGUGUGAUGAGAGCCAACGCCCUGCUGAACUGCUGAGCUCCUACACUCUGC